UCGGACCACUACAAAUUUUUGGUUUAAUUGGAAGUCAUUUAAUUAAAGAUUUAAUUAAAGACUACAAUUAAAGACUAUUAUAUUUUGCAUUGUAAUAAAUUAAACCAGGAGGAAACUUGUAGAUGUUAUAUAUCAUAUGUAUACGGAUACGGAUACAGAUACAGAUAUCAUAUAUCAGAUGUUAUAUGGCAUUUCCUCAUCUAUGAUGAUUGUGGGUUGUGUUUCUCUGAACUGUAUGAACUGACACACUUUUUUUACCACAAAUGAGCAUAAAGCAAACGUAAUAUCAGCAGAGAAGGUUUCCUGCACAAGGGUACACAUUCGAACUAGCUUUAUUUCAGGCACACAGUAAAGGAAGAGAGUCACAGAGGCACAAUGUCUCUGGGACAGAACUUCAGCAGCAAUGAUACCUGUGAGAUCCAGGAUGUAGUCCCGUCACUCUUCUUGCCCAUCAGCUACGCUGUCAUUUGCUGUUUCGGGCUCCUCAGCAACACCAUCAGCAUCUUUGUUUUCUUCAUACGACGCCAUGCUGAUAGCUCCACGGCGGUGUAUAUGCGUCAUCUGACGCUGGCUGACUCGCUCUUGGUCCUGUGUUUGCCACUGAGGAUCUACUACCAUCACAAAGAGGGGCCUUUCUUCCUGUGCAAAGUGGUGGGCGUCUUCUUUUACAUCAACAUGUAUGCCAGCAUCUCCUUCCUCAGCCUGAUCAGCCUGGACCGCUACCUGAAGAUCGUCAAGCCAGUCUGGGUCUUCCGCAUACAGAAGGUGCUGUGGACCCACAUAGCCAGCUACAUCAUCUGGGGGGUUCUUUUCUUAGGAACUGGUCUGUUCUUUGUUAGUAACAAGCAGAAUCACCCAUGCGACAAGAUCUGCUUCCACUUCCACGAUAAGGGGCUGUUAGCUGGUAGCAUCAACCUGUCUGUGGUGGUGCUCUUUGGUGGCUUGUUUCUGGUUUUCAUCAUUUUCUAUGUGAAGAUAGCACUGAAGCUCAGAACUAUGGAGAUGGGAAAAGGUGACUCGAACGUACAAGACCGCAAGAAGAAGCUUGUGCGGAAAACUUUCUUGGUGCCUGCUAUAUUCACGCUCUGCUUCCUGCCAUACCAUUUGGUCAGAGCGCCAUAUGUUCUGGCCCAGAUGGGUGUGAUCAAAGAGCUGGAGAGCAAGCAGCUGUUGCACACCUGGAAUGAAAUCACCCUGCUUCUAUCUGCGCUCAACAGCUGCCUGGACCCUAUCAUUUAUUACUUUUUGUCCAGCAUAUACAGAAAGACAAUCCUAUGUGCCAUCCAGGGCAAGUUUAAAACCAUGUACGAUCUAAACAGGAGACGAAUUAGCAUUAAUCGAUCAAUUACGGAAAUUUAGCUCAGAGGAUUUAUUUGAGUUAAACAUAAUGUUGAGGAAAUACUUGUGACAUUUGCACAGACUGUACAGUAUAUACUGAAUUGUAAUGUUGAUGAUGUGGAAAAACAUUUUCUUUUAAAUCCUGAUAUGCUUUCAUAGCAGAUAGAUUAUAUCACUUAUCCAGAGACGUUUAUUACUCAUUUACUCAUGUAAGCUUUCCCUGUGAUUCAGAUGUCUGACCUUUUUAAAUGCCUUUAAAGGCCUUACAUUUUCUUUUGAGGUUGUGAGGGUGUCUUUAUGACGUUUUAAAAAUAUUUCGUGGUAAAUUUUGCAGUCUUUUAACUAGGAUGUGGUUAGUAGAUAUAUUGUGUUAAAUGUUGAAAAUGCUCAGUAUGGUGCUAGUGUCUGCAGCACUAACAUUAAAAACGUCUUCUAAGCAACAUGUUAUUGGGAAUUUCCCAUGAAUACAACCUGCUUGAUCUUUCUGCUGAUUUUUUGAGAUUGUGUUUUUUCCUGUGGAUGAACAAAAGACGGAGAGGUAAUGAUGUUGACAUCUUAUUUGUACAUUUCUGUAGAAACUUGUAAACAAACAUAUUUAUAGAUCUUUUAUAUAUCUGAUAUUAUUGCUUAUUUCUGAUAUUCUGAUUGUCUAAUUAUUUUAAAUGCUUACUUUGUUAUAUGCUAUGGUAGACAAAGUAAUUUAAAUAAUAAUAAUAAUAAAAAAAAAUUCAGAAUAAAGAGUAAA